AUGAAGUUUUACUACCAGAUCUUGACGACGCCGACGGCCGAUACCCCGGGCUCCGCGCUCCUCCUGCAUUUCCCUGAGAAACGUUAUCUUUUCGGUCAAAUUGCGGAGGGAUUCCAACGAUCAUGUACGGAAAACGGCACGAAGUUGACAAAUGUGUCUGAUAUUUUCCUGUCGGGUCGGAUGGGAUGGGACAUCAACGGGGGCUUGAUUGGCUUGAUUCUCACAAGUGCCGAUGCGCGCAUCAGUUCGAGGGAGGCGCAUGAGGCCGUGGUACGCGAGAAGAAGGCGAACCGACUGAAACAGGGAGACCGCAAUAAAGUACAAGUUAACGUUGACGGCGAAGACAUGGAGCAUGACUUGACUGUUCAUGGUGCGAGGAACCUGGCUCACACUCUGGCCACCGCUCGGCGGUUUGUUUUUAGAAGGGGAUUGCCCGUGUUUACGAAGGAGUACGACGCGGAAAGUGUUUCAAAAAGACUGGGCACUAACCCAAGCGAUCCCUUUGAGAAGCCGACUUUCUCGGAUGAAAACAUCAAGGUCUGGGUUAUGCCUGUCAGCCCUUACUCCACAACCUCGCGUUCUCAAAGCCCUAGGAAGCGGAGCCUCGAUGAGUUCCGUGAAGAUACACCAGGUCUGGCGGAGGUUGAGCAGCAAGCCAAGGAACAAAUGGUGCGGCAGGCUGUUGUUGCCGAUAUGUUUAAUUCAAGCUGGACCUUGGAUUCCCUGGAGGAGACCCGCCUGGUGGAUGUCAAGAUGCCUGCGCAAAUAUUUGUGCGCAACCCGGAGACUAAGGACCUGGACAAAUAUACGGGGCCGCUUCCUGGAGGGGACGAGGAAGUUCCCGAGAUGACGGUACUUGUCCGUAAACCCUGGCCCGGCGCGACGACUGCCAGGAUUCCGACGACAAAACCCUGCGAUGAAAGUCUAUGUUACAUCAUCAAGAACCAUGACAUGCGUGGAAAGUUUGAUAACAAGAAGGCAGUGGCUCUGAACGUCAAACAGGGCCCCGACUUUGGUGCGCUUACGAGGGGUGAAGCUGUGACGGCUACAGAUGGGAAGCUGGUGACGCCUGAUAUGGUCUUGGAGCCUUCAAAACCCGGCAAAGGACUAGCAGUAAUGGAUCUGCCAACGCCGGAAUAUGUUGAGAGCCUUCUGAACCGGCCAGAGUGGAAGUCUCCUGCGGUGGCUAGCAAUUUGACAGCUUUCUUUUGGAUUCUGGGCCCUGGCGUCGGGGACCAUCCCCGGCUUCGCGAAUUCGUCGCUUCGAUGCCAGAAGCCAAGCACAUCGUCUCGAGCACAGACUACUGUCCAAACUAUCUAACCAUGCAGAGUGUUGCCACGUCGGCAACCCGCAUGGCCUACAUAAGGCCCGAUAACUAUAAGAUACCUAGAUGGGACAGUCGCGUGGUUCCGCAGACGUCUUCGGAGGACCAUAUGCACGUGGAUAGCGACAGCAAGCCUCCAUUCGAACCAGCCAAGCCUGGACUCAUUGUUAACAUGGAACCACAGUUCAAGCUAAGUUUGGAAGAGGUGCGAACAGGAGGGCUGUCUCCACAUCACGUCCUGCGCAAGAUGCCGGCAUCUGCUGUAAGACGCGCCGUCCUGAUUAACAAAAAGUUGAGACAUCCACUGCGCAAUGAGAAGAUUCAACAAUUCCAAAGAAACCUACCUGGUGCCGAUGCGGAGAUCAUAACGCUCGGGACAGGCUCUUCUGCACCGUCCAAGUACCGAAACGUCUCGAGUACCCUGGUUUAUGUGCCAGACCAAGGAUACUACCUACUUGAUUGUGGCGAGGGCACACUUGGUCAGCUUAAGCGUCUGUUUAGCCCUGGGGAGCUACAGGAAGUUCUUAAAAAUCUGCGAUUAGUCUGGGUUAGCCAUCUCCACGCGGACCACCAUCUUGGUACAGUCUCCGUCCUCAAGGCUUGGUACGAGGCAAACUAUCCGGGCGGGGUCCCACAAUCGUCCGAGAUUGAAAUGGAUAUGGCAAAGGUCUUAGAGGAAAAGCGCUUGUUCCUCGUAUCUGAUGCAAUGAUGGUUGAGUGGUUAGAGGAGUAUGCCGGAGUUGAGGAUUUUGGCUUCGGCAAGCUCAUACCUCUAGCUGCCCUCCCACACAGAACAAUCGGGGGCAACCUCCAAACCUCAUUCAUAUACCGGCACUGCCGUGCCGACGGUUCCUUCCCCGGGCGUGAAUCUGAGGAUAAAAAGCCUGCAGAAACCGAAUGUGGAUUUAACAGUCAAUGGAAGUAUACCAGUAAAAUGCUUUGCGAGGCCACGGGUCUAUCCGAUCUCCUAACGACUUAUGUCUCUCACUGCCGUGGCGCCAUGGCAGUGUCCCUCGUCUUCCCGGACGGCUUCAAGGUCUCCUUCUCAGGCGACUGCCGGCCCUCGCCCAGUUUCGCAGCCAUAGGAAAGGACUCGACCGUUCUUAUCCACGAAGCCACCUUCAGUGACGACAUGGUUGGCUCAGCCGUCGCGAAGAGGCACUCCACCUCCGGCGAGGCUAUUGAAAUCGGCCGCAAAAUGCGCGCUCGUUCCAUCCUCCUCACGCACUUUAGCCAGCGAUACCAAAAGGUCGUCUAUUUCGACCAACCUAAAGACCUUCUCGACGAUAAAACAGUCCACCGACGCGAAUUCAGAGCUCACAAAGCUCUCCUUCAGAAUGAAGUAGCAGAUGAAGCUCGAGCAGCAGCAGCAGCGGCGGCGGAGGAAAGAACCACCGAUAUUCCUCUCGAGAACGACAUUGAAGCGCAGGAAGACAUAGCCGCUGAAGAUUUCGAGGCCUUUGACUCCGAACCCGAAACCCCGCCCCCAGCCAUUGUCCCGAUCGUCGCGGCCUUUGACCACAUGCGUGUCCGCGUUGGUGAUAUGUACACUCUCGAACAAUAUGCCCCUGCCAUAGAGCGCCUCUUUGACAUCCUCGAGCGCGCGAACAGAGUUGAACAGAACGAAGCGCGAGAAAAGCGAAAGCUCGAGGUCGAGGCGAACGGGAAGCGGAAGGAGUUGAAGCGAGCGCGCGCCUACCAGGUGAAGCAGGCGCAGAUGACCAAGGAACAAAAGGCAAAGGCGAGAGCUGAAAAGGCAGAACGCAUGUCUAGGUCUCCCUCUCCCAUACGGUCCCUGAAUCAAUCUCCAUCUCCAUCUGGAUCCCCUGAAAAUACGGUUUCUAUUUGGGAUGCCCCCGAAAGCGAACCUGGUUGGACUUCGGAGUCGGAAUCCGACAACGGUGCUGAAACCAAGCAACCUUGA